CGCUUCCUAUUGUGUUGUAAUCAGCUGCAAAAGAUUGUUAUCUCGCACUAAUUUAUAUAUCACCGUAAUGAUUAACUGCUGAAAUUGUCAGUAAAUUGUGAGAGUGGAACUUUACAGAGUUGGCUAGAAGAAUGGCAGCGGCAAACGAACCAGGUUCUUCGAGAAACAAUAAUGGAGAAGAAAAGGAAAAAGAUGAAAAGAUGUUCGAAUGCAAUAUCUGCCUAGAUACUGCAAGAGAUGCAGUGGUCAGCAUGUGUGGACAUUUAUUUUGUUGGCCAUGUUUGCAUCAGUGGUUAGAGACUCGCCCAAACCGCCAGGUAUGCCCUGUUUGUAAAGCAGCCAUCAGCAAGGAGAAGGUUGUUCCUCUAUAUGGGAGAGGAAGUACCAAACAGGAAGACCCCAGAAAUAAAGUUCCUCCUCGGCCACCUGGGCAACGUUCUGAGCCUGAAAACAAUGGUGGAUUUCCUGGUUUUGGAUUUGGGGAUGGUGGUUUCCACAUGUCAUUUGGAAUUGGUGCCUUUCCAUUUGGAUUUUUCACCUCUUCAUUUAAUUUUGGAGAUGCUAGGCCAAGUGCAGCUCCCCGAGGAACCCCACAGUUUGGGGAAGAACAUUUUCUGUCUAAAGUGUUUAUAUGGGUGGCUGUAAUUUUCUUUAUUUGGCUCUUAAUGGCAUAGUACUACUGAUCUCCACUUAUUUCAAAGUCACUCAGUGAUAAAUGCUGGAAAUUACAAUAGUGUCUCAGGAUUUGGCAAGCAUAUUUGAUUUGGUAAAGCGAAGACAGACACCAAUAGAAUUGGGUAAUGAGGAUUUACUGUUUAUAUUGCAUUUAAAGUUUGAAAACUGAAAUUUGAGAGGAAUAUCAAAUUGAUUUCAAAUUGCAAACUUAUGAAGUUAUAUUAUAAAAUUCAUUACGCAUUGCCCCAUAAUGAAGCAGAGUUCAAUAAUAUAAUAAUAAUAAUUCAAGAACAAUAAUAAUAAUAAUAGAAUUUAAUAUAUACUCUAUGUUACCUUCAUUUUCAUUUUAAUAACAUAUUUUGAUAUACUCUUGUAAAUACUUUCCUGUUACUUUUUGAGUUUAAGUUUUUCUUUAAUGGGUUGUUGACAUGAAUUCAUGUUUUGCAUACUGUCGCUGUAAGAAAGCCCUACAUAUUUAACAUUAUAUCUGGCUUGUAUGGCCCCAUAUGAAUAUUUAAAAAUAUAAUGGGACCUAGAAGUUCAAGCCACUGUGUUAACCUUCUUCCCUUUGUUGUCCUGUUCUUUCUCUUUGGCAUUUGUCACUCUAUCAGUCACCUUGAUUUUCGUUAUGGUUGGUUUUAUCAAACUCUUUAUGUAGAGAAACUGAAGGGUCUAAUUGUUUGACUUUAACUUUUGGAAAAUUACAAAAAAACAUAUUUAAAAAUUAAAAUUCUUGCUUAAAACCUCUACAUUGCAUGGCUCUAUUUUUGUUCUAACAGUGUAAAUAAUGACUUUAGCCACACCCACCUUCCAUUAAUAUAUUGGGUGAUUUUUAUUUAUGAAACAAUUUAAAACUAAAUUAUGGACAGAACUGAAGAUACUCUGUUUCUACACUGGAUACUUUAAUUCAUGAGGAAUACCACAGAAAGAACAAUCAAAUGAAAAUUGGUGGUACCUGUGUAGUAAUCUUCUUCAGCACCAGUUAGAAACAAAUCACACUUACAUUUUGAUAAUGUGCUUAUCUACUCAUUUUUUAUAAAUUGAAUAUUCCGCUGUUCUGAUUUUGACAAGUCUUGGAAUAGUGACCAACUGUUCACAUACAAUCAAUUCUUCAUUAUGAUUAAUACUACUGGGACAUUGUCUGUUGGCUAGUAUUCCGAACAGAACAUAAGUAUCAGAAACCUGAUCUGUUUCCACCCUCAGGUGAAAAUGUGGAGAGUACCUACUCAUUUGGGUCAUUCACUGACAGAUUGAUUCCUUCUGUCAGACCACAGUGAAUAUGUACUGUGAGUGGAGAAUUGACUCAGCCUUGAAGCUGUGUUGUUAUGCUGAAUAUUGUCCUAAAAGCAUUGCCUCUUAUUAAAAAUGUUCCACUCCUGGAGCAGUCUGCAUGAUAGUUUAUACUGUGGGUGUGUAACAAGUGACAUGACAAAAACUAAAUUCUGUAUGAGUCAAAGCACUGCAAAGCUAGAAAAGUAAUGGAGAACUGAGAGUAUGCUGAUGUUUCUUUUCCAGAUAAUAGAACAGCUGUGUCCCUGCACAGAUUUGUACUUCUGUUUGAAGGUCAAUUCUCCUCUCUGACAGACAGUACUCCCACAUUUUCACCUGAGGACAGGAACAGAUCCAAUUUCUGAAAUAUUGUAGAUGAUGGACAAAUUCCAGAAACUCAGGAAUAUUAUUUGCAUAUAAGUCUAAAAAAAUAGCUCAUCCACAACAUUCUUCUGUUCCCUUCUUCUAUACUUUACAAUGUUCAUUAAUUUGUGCAUUAAUAGAGAGCAGAUUGUUCUAAUUUUGUGAAAUCUUUGAGGGAGAAAUCGUCCAGCACAGUUUCUGAAACCCAUCCAUUUACUGUGUUUAGUUUGGAACAUAUAUUGAAACAUAUGUUAUGGAAGAAUAUUUCCGUUUCCUUUACUGUAAGAUUAUAGUAACAUAACAUUCUUUCCAACUUAAUGUGUGUGAAAAUUUAUACAUUCCCCAUUAUCAUUUACUUUGUUCUUGACUACUGUUAUUGCUUUGGAAUAUGUGUUGUGUAGCAGUAAUGUGAAUGGAAUGUGUAACCACUAGUUGGAUUAUAAGUUAUAACUUGUACAGAACUGUAGUUUGAAUUUAUAGGCAUGAAAACAGAAUAAUACAACAGGACGAUAAAUGUGUAUGUGAUGGAUUUCUGCAAUUUCAUACUGGAAUUAGUUUUGUAUUCUUGGUGCAAGAGGUAUAUGGGAAGUAUCAUAGUAACUGCAUAUCUUUUCAGUCAACACGUUGAACACAUUGUAAAUGAAUGACUCAAAGUUUCUAAAAUAAAGAUUUGUUAUCUGUAUCUUGUAAUUUUCUGGCGUAUUUUGCUAGUCAUAUGUCUUACAUAAUAAAAUCUCAGUAUGAUAAACUU